GUUCAAAGUUCAAAUAUUACAGUAAAAAUAGGGUACUCGCUGUCUGGCAGCUUGUCUGUUUGCUGGGAAUAAUAAACAACUCGGUGGUCACGGAGAACUCUAGCCGGUUGGCACCACAGCGAAAGCCGGCAGAGGAAAGCGGAGAUGGCCCUCAGCUAAUCAGCGCCUUGUGUUACUCAGCUGUCGGAGGAUUUAAGGAGCGACGGCUAGCUGGAUGCUAACAUUAGCACGCUAGCUUGCCAGGAGCACAUAGCAACUGCUGCUAGCUAACGUCACUGGACUGGUACUCUUCCCCCUCAGACUGCAGCUAUGUUCGUCCAGGAGGAGAAGAUAUUCGCCGGGAAAGUGUUGAAAAUACAUAUAUGCACCAUGGACGGCACGGAGUGGUUGGAGGAGGUCACGGAAGACACCACUGUUGAGAAACUGAAGGAGAAGUGCUUGAAACAUUAUGUGCACGGAAGUCUAGAAGACCCCAAAACACUUACCCACCAUAAACUCAUACAUGCUGCUACAGAGAGAGUCCUCACAGACAGCAAAACUGUCGCUGAUGAAAAUCUAAAAGAUAAAGAAGUGUUGCUGCUCAUAAAGAAAAGACCGCCGCCGACCCCUCCAAAGAUGGCAGAAGUUAGUUCAGAAGAAAAGAAGAAGCAAGAUAACAAGGCUCCAGACAAAGAUGCAAUUCUGAAAGCCACCGGCAAUCUGUCCACGCGCCACACUGACCGCACGGUCACCCAGCAUAACAUCAGAGAUUUUCAGACGGAGCUAAGAAAAAUCCUGGUUUCUCUCAUCGAAGUCGCCCAGAAACUUCUUGCCUUGAACCCUGACGCUGUUGAACUCUUCAAAAAGGCCAAUGCGAUGUUGGAUGAAGAUGAAGAGGACCGGGUGGAUGAAACUGCCCUUCAGCAGCUCACUGAGAUGGGUUUCCCUGAGAGCAGAGCCAUCAAAGCCCUUAGAUUGAAUCACAUGUCAGUCACCCAGGCGAUGGAGUGGCUUAUUGAGCAUGUAGACGACCCCUCUGUAGACGCACCUAUACCUGUCCCGGACUCCUCUGGGGCAGCAGGAGCCAUCGCAGCUGCUACACCGGGCCCUUUGGCCUCAGCCUCUUCCUCAGCCUCUGCUUCCGCCUCAGCAUCGGCCUCAGCAUCGGCCUCCGCCUCUGUUCCUAACCUUCUCCGCAGUCUCUCCAGCCAGGCGAGCUCGGAAGAGAGCAGCAGGCAGGACGAACUAACAGAGAUCUUCAAGAGGAUCCGCAGGAAACGGGAGUUCAGACCAGACUCCAGAGCUGUCAUUGCGCUGAUGGAGAUGGGGUUUGAUGAGAAGGAAGUGGUUGAUGCUCUGAGGGUUAAUAACAACCAACAGGAUGCUGCGUGUGAGUGGCUGCUGGGGGACAGGAAACCCUCUCCAGAAGAUCUGGACAAAGGCAUCGACACCAACAGCCCGCUGUUCCAAGCCAUUCUGGAGAAUCCAGUGGUCCAGUUAGGCCUCACCAAUCCCAAGACCCUGCUAGCGUUUGAAGACAUGCUGGAGAAUCCUCUGAACAGCACGCAGUGGAUGAACGACCCUGAGACCGGCCCUGUCAUGCUCCAAAUAUCCAGAAUCUUCCAGACCCUCAAUCGCACAUAGAGCCUCCUGGUGACCCCUGUGUGACUGCGGCAGCUUGUGCGUGUGAGUGUGAGCGUGGGUAUGGAUGUGUGUGUUUCUGGGUCCGGCGGCAGAGACACGAGUAUUGUUUUUGCCUCGUAAAGACAAAGCUGGAGGAGUAUGAGUUCAGAUGUUACACAUAUAAACUAUUUAUAACAGUACAGUAAAUACACUUAUACGGAGAAAUGUUAACAUAAACAUUAUUACAGUAAUAAUAAAAAAAAGAGAUUUAGUAUGUUGUUUUUACAUUUUAAUGAGAACAAUUUAUAGUCAUGACAGACAUGAUUUAUUUUAUAUAAUUUCUCCAUGUGCAGAAAUGACAUCAGACAUGAAUUCAAUGUUUACACUUCAAAGAAAACUGUUUUUGUAUGUUUUGCAAUAUUUAAAUAUCAAUUACAGUUUUGUCUGUCUCUUUAAAUUGUUACAUUUCAUUUGUGGUGAAUGUUUGAAAGACUUCCGUCAGUAUCACAAUUUGCUUUUCUUUCCUCUUUUUCUAGUUUUUAUCAAAGUAACUGCUUAUAAUUGAGAGGCUGUUUGUUUAAGCUCGUUUCAAACGGGCUUUCAGACCGGUUACCUCUCGCUCCAUUCACACCUGUGAGGUCACUGUAAGUCAACCGCCUCUCAGUUCAAAAGUGGAGAACGUUUGUCCUUGGGCUUCUUCAAGAAUAUUUAUUUGACUUUCUUGCCUUUUUAGAUGAAAGCUGUACACUAAACUGUUUGUGUCUUAGUCAUGUUUUUACAAGAAAAGGAUAUAUUAGGCCUGUGUGUUUAUUGUCAAUGUGCUCUUGAAUGUCCUAUUAUCAUGUUGCGCUCAUUUAGCACUUGUUCACCUCUAUGAAUAUCACUCACUGCAGCACUGAGGAAGUCUCUAAAGGCUGUAGUGGAAUGUGGAAAUGAAGCUGCGCCUAAUAUAAAAGGGGUUUGCCUUUUUUUAACCUUAAAUUUGAAUGAUGAAGAUGCGUGUUCACGUCAUGCUGCAGGGGGAAAGCAUCUUCAUACACAAAGAAAUAAUAGAAUUUGAGACGCAACCUGUGUUGGGUCUUCUGGUUUACUCUUUUUCUUGAGAGCAGUGGACAUUUAUGCUGUCAAACCAAACCAAAAUGUCACUAUAUAACCUGCCUUGUCAUUAGUUAUAUCCAUUGAAAAAUGCCCUGUAUUUCUGUGCAAUAGCAAAGGACUUCAGUUGACCUGUAAAGAAAUAGAUUUGAUUCGAGUUUUAGAAGCGUGUGAACUGCAAUAUUAGCCUUUGCAUUGAGUAGUGAACAUCUCGAGCUACGAAAAGGCAUGCUAAGGCCGUUCCUGCUUGUACUGAGAGUUACAAGCCAAUAUGGAGGGUGGUGUGUUUUGCCAAGCUUUUGAGUGUUUUUAUUCAAUAUUUAAAAUGUGGUAUUGAUGUGACUUUCUGCUCAGGGAGGCUGAGAUUGUUUUUCUAAACCUGUCCUUAUGGCAAACCUCUGCUCACCCCAUACUACUUUGGCAUUUGAAAAUGGCUUUAACUAAUCUGUGGAGAACUUUAUGAAUAAGAGCACUAAAAGACAUGGUUUCGUAAAUGCAAUAUUUGAAAAUAUUUAAAUGUUUUUAGAGAGAAGUGUCUGUUUGAACUAUGUAUUAUUACAUUAUUUAUAUCGAAGCCAAACUAGCAACUUGUUCUUAUUUAUAGCAUUUUUUUAGCAAACCUCAAGCUUAUCUACAAAUGUGAAACAAUUUUAAUGAUUCAAAUGUUGUUUUUACAAACCAUUGUGAAAUGUGCUCAUGGACUGGUAGGUCUCAGUGUGACUUAAAGUGUUGUUUGAAUAAAGAAGGAUUUCUACACCA